AUGCGGGCGCUGGUGUGUUGCGCCUGGCUAUGGAUCCUUGUGGUCCUGGCCCCUGGCUCCACGGCCAACAGGCUCAUCACCACCCUGUCUCUGGACACGAAGGACGGCGCGGAACGGAUAUUCCUGCACACCGAUUUCGGUGCCAUUCCCAUCCGACUGCUGCCGGAGAAUGCUCCCACCGUGGUCGCGGCAGUGAGGGAAAUGGUGGCGAGACCCGGCUCCUGCGCAGACUGUGCCUUUUACCGGAACGAAGCCAGGCCCAAGAAGAAGGAAGGCCUUGGGCCACCCUAUGGGCUUCUGCAGGGCCGACUGGACCUGACCAAGCCCUACCCUGCGGUGGAGGGGUCCCUCCAAGUAAAGGCGGGGCACGUGGCAAUGAUCCCGGGCACCCAGGAGUUUUUCAUCGCGCUCAGCGACCACGCGGAGUGGGAGACCUCCCACGCCGUGUGGGGCAUCGUGGAGGAUUGGUUUGCCGCUGAUUUUGUCGCCUCCCACGAUUACAAGACCUACAAGCAUCCGGAGCAUGGCACAAUCAUGAGGAUGCUGGUGGAGGAGUUCAAGUUCACUGUGUCUUCCAGUGAAUUUGAAGCCCCGGCCACCAUAGAGGCGACAACGUGA